AUGAUCGUCAACAUAGUGCUUGAGCAUCCUCACGAGCACUACACCAAUCUCGAUGUCAUACAAGGCAGGGUCUUCUUGCGCGUGCCGAAUCCGACCAACAUUAGCAGCAUUGUUGUGAAGCUUGAAGGCGAGAGCAGGACCAGGCUACUGGCACCCAUACAUCCAAACAGGCCAGACAAGCAGAGACCAGUCCUAGAAGUGCACAAGUUCUUGUACAAGACACAAGUGGUAUGGCCGACGAAUGUGCGUCCCGAAGACAUCGCCCAGAACUCGAAAGCGGCCUUCACUAUCAAUGCUGGGUCCUUUGAGUAUCCGUUCCAGUUCAAGCUGCCUCUGAACACGCAAUGUCAGCAAACGAACAACCCCAUCUCUAAUGUUUCCUUCUCAAACGCGAUCCCCGAAUUCGCAAAGACACCAACACAACACGUCAAGGCGACACUUCCUCCUACACUAAGCGGUUUCCCGGGGGAGGCCGAGAUACGAUACUAUGUCAAGGUCACAGUGAAUAGGCCACAGUUCUUCAAAGAAAACCCGAGAGCGAUAGCAAACUUCACUUUCCUCCCAAUCGAACCUCCGAGACCAGACACGACAGACGGAGAGGCAUAUGCAAGGCGACAACACGAGUUUCUGGAGAAUGCACCGAGCGUGGCAGCGGGUAAAAGGCUGAGCUUCUUCGAUAGAAAGAACUCGACGGGAAGUAUCCCGCCAUCGCCGACAUCAGGCAGUGUGCCACCUCGGGUAGCGAUCGAUGCGCGAUUGCCCAAUCCUGCGAUCCUUACUAGCAACCAAGACGUGCCACUAAGACUGCUCGUGAAGAAUGUCAGCGCGCGUACAAAGAACAUUUACCUACAGAUGCUCCAGAUUGAGCUGAUAGGAUACACUAAGGUACGUGCGCACGAAGUGUCGCGUACGGAGUCGAAUAGUUGGAUAUUGUGCUCCUUCAGUAAUAUGGCUAUCCCAAUUGGGUCUCCGGAAGACCCUGUAGAUACGGAGGUUCCCAUCAAUGCGGAGUACUGGUCUGGAAAGCCGGUGCCCAACACCGUAUCGCCCAGCUUCACAUCAUGCAACCUUGCGCGUUUCUACGAAUUGGAGAUACGCGUCGGCAUCGGUUAUGGAAGCUACAAGCACGGUGAAGAUCAGCUCAUCGUUCUACCACUUAGACUACCAGUCAAGGUCUAUUCAGGCAUCGCUCCGCCCAAAGCUCUUUUGGAAGCUGGUUUCAAUGCAGAGAAGCCCGGAACUCUUGCCCCGCCACCCCACGCGGCCCCUCGUCCUCAUACUCCAACGACGCCAACGCAUGGAGGCUUUGAUGGUGCCAAUGCCUUCUCUGGACAGCCAAUACAACCCCAGCAUGCUCCUGCGUAUGACGAUGCCCCACCGAGCUACGAGGACGCGAUUGGACAGGAUCUUCCUCCGAUCAAUGGGUACAGAGGCAGUUACCAGCCUCCUCCUGUGCCCGAAGGCGCGCCAAGAUUUUCCGAUGAGAAGAGACGAUGA